AUGAAGCUCCUGUCCCCGGAGAAUGGACAGGACUUUCGGGUCCACCAGGGAAUAGAGCGUUUCAACGUUCUUCUCCAGCCUUGCGUUGGUUGGGAGGGGCGGAAGCGUCUUCUCAGAUCCAGCCUCAUCCUGGUCCGCUGGCCGCUUGCUUGGCAGACGGUUGGCCCAAACUAUGGCUUUCCCGGCGAAGCGCCCACUCUCCAGGAACUUCUCAAAGCCUUUCUGGAGGCCGAAUCCACGGCCCUCGACGAUGCCGGCCUGGUUGCCGUCCUUGAGGCCGUCGCUGUAGCCAGCGUCGUGAAGGCGUGA